AUGGCGUUGCACAGCGAUGUGACGCGGAAUGAGCCUGUGUGCGAGAACGGAAACAACAACACCAUUAAGUGGAACGGCAACACGAGCAACUUGAAUCAUGAAUGCAACGGAGCGAUAUCUCCUUUUGAGCCCGUUACCCCGACAAACAUCCCGUCGCAGCUGAUUAUCCCGCACCGCCUCGGAAAUACGAGGAUGACACUUAAUAUGGCCCAGCGGCAAAACCGUGAGGAGGUUGAGAAUGAGGUACUGUACAGGGAGUUGAAACACAACAGCGUCAACACACUGAAUCGCUACGUCAUGUUCCUCCUCUGUCUGCUUGUGCCCUCUCUGCUCUGUCAGUUGUUCGCGAUGUGCACCACGGAAUGGUUUGCUGUGUCAUACAACGUGCAUUACCACUCGGUUGGAUUCUUCCUUGCAUGCCGUAGGAGUGUGGGGAACCUCUGUCUGCACCGUACAAGCUCCAAAUUUCCCCGUCUCUUGGAGGACAGUAUCACUGGUGAGAUCGUGUGUGAGAUGACAGAGUCCUCCGCGAACGCCUACACCAUCACUAUGUGGGUGUUGGGUGCUGUGCAGCUUCUGUGCGUCGUUGUGGCGCUCUUCUUCACACUGCGCAUGUCGUGUCGCCCCACACGCUCCCGCAGCGCCCUGGUGGCGAUGUUCUUCCUCGCCACGGCGCUGCCGUGUGGCAUCGCGAACUGUGUUCUAUUCGCAUACUAUACACACUGUGACCGGUGUGAGUGUGAGGCGCUGCACAACAAUCCUAGUGAAUGCAACGCCGGCUACGAGUGGGGCUACAGAGUCUACAUCGCCGCCGUCUGCCUUGACUUCGGCGCCUGCAUCACCUCUCUCUGCCUGAGCUCUUACCCGUACUCCAUUCGCAGCCAGGCAUCUCAGUUGCUGGAGAAGCGGCGCAGUCACGAACGUGAGAGACGCACGAACGACCACGCGUCAGGGGAGAGGAGCCACCCGCUCGACUUCAUCUUGCGCAGCGUGCGCGGCGACGUGGAGGGGCCAGCACACUUGACCGCGGCGGAGCUUGGUGUUACCAUUGACGGUGCCAACGACUGGGUAUACGAUGACAAGAGCGAUUUGUUCUACAGCUUCAACUUGGACAUGUUUUGGGACCCACUGACACGCGACUACUACAGUAGAGCGCUCCAGUCGUGGCAGGUAACACCGGAUGGAGUGGUGGGGCUGCGCAGCGCGGCAGCCGGCCGCGGGGAACACACGAACGCCUAG